CGCUGCCCUCACGCUCCCUCUAUUGUCAAGAGUAUCGCGGAAGGAGCUCCUCAUUAUGUCGGGCAAGGGACCACCGUCUCAAUCGCGUGAGCGCUCUGCGACUCCUCGCCGUGGGGGCUCUAGCUCCGCCACAGAUCCCGUACCCGCAAGUCACUACACUUAUGUAUCUGAUUCUUCAUCCGAGAAGCCUCCCACUACGUUUACCUCGUCUCUCUCCAUCGCAGUGGAAGGAAGCACUUCGGUGGAGAAAGUUGCGAAGGAGGAGGGAAUGGACACAGGAGGAACUUCGUCAGUCUCGCAUCCGGCCGAAGAAGCCACUUUGAACAAGCGUACACCUCGCAAAUCUAAAGUGGAGGCUCUUGCCGCUCUAAAUCGCUCUCGUUCACCUUCCGUGGAACUCGUUAAUGUUUCGUCCACGAAGCAAAUGGUUCCGCCAUCAGUCCUUAAUGGUGCCCCAAUCUCUGUCUCUUCAACCUUAGACAUGUCGACUGUCAAGACGACAAGUCCGAGAAACCUUCCCCCUCGGGCAAAACCACGACUUUUUGAGCUCGAAGACUGUCCUACAUUUUAUCCUUCCCCUGAGGAGUUCAAGGAUCCGAUGAGUUACAUCCGCUCCAUCUCGCCCCGUGGCCAAGAGUAUGGUAUUAUCAAAAUCGUUCCUCCGAUAGGGUGGAAAAUGCCCUUUGUGACCGAUACUGAGACAUACCGCUUCAAGACCCGAGCAAUGCGGCUAAAUUCAAUUGAGGCGUCGUCUCGGGCAAAGAUCAAUUUCCUGGAGGCCCUGUACCGCUUUCACCGGCAGCAGGGCAACCCUCGUGUGACCGUACCGACGAUUAACUACAAGCCCUUAGAUUUAUGGCUACUAAGGAAAGAGGUGCAGAAGCUCGGAGGAUUUGAAAAGGUGAAUAAAGAGAAAAAAUGGUCUGAGGUCGGCCGUCUGCUCGGUUACACAGGCAUACCUGGGCUGUCAACGCAAUUGCGGAAUUCCUAUAUCCGGGUUAUUUUACCGUAUGAAGUCUACUCGGACGGUAUUCGUAGCUCGGCCGUGUUUGCAUCAUCGAAUAGGAAGAAAACGCAAUCCCCUGCCCCCGAAUCCCGGUCAGCCUCGAAUCAACCACCUCCCAGUCCCACGUUUAGUCCACUCUCCACGAGCUCUAGUCCCCUAUCAGAGCCACCUGACGACGCCGAUCUCAAUGGGUUUAGCCAUUCAAGAGCGAGUUCGCCUAAGCCUCGAAAAGCGUCACAUAUGAACGGCAUCAAAGGCUCAAACGGAAAGAUGGCGAAUGGUACUGGUCGUACUCACUCACCAGAUGGUCAUGGGGCUCCGUCAAAGGAUGAUAGCAAGGCUACCUGCUGCGAGGUAUGCCACAGAAGGAACAAGGGAACUGAGAUGCUUCUCUGCGAUGGUUGUGACUGCGGUUUCCACAUGUUCUGCCUCGUUCCUCCCUUGACUUCUGUUCCGAAAGGGCAGUGGUUUUGCCACACAUGCUUAUUUGGUACCGGGGGAGAUUACGGCUUUGAUGAGGGCGAAGAACACAGUUUAAGCAGUUUUCAGGCACGGGACCAAGCAUUUCGAAAGAUGUGGUUCGAAACGCACCCUCCCCCGCAGUCUGAUCACCCGUUGACUGAUAAGGAACUGGACGACCCAACUGUGACUACCAUCGGUGGUAUCCGUAUUUCCGAACCGGACGUUGAAAAUGAGUUCUGGAGACUGGUACAAUCACCGUACGAGACCGUGGAAAUAGAAUACGGAGCGGACGUGCAUUCGACAACUCACGGAAGUGCUAUGCCGACUCUGGAAACUCAUCCAUUAGAUCCGUAUUCAAAGGAUCCAUGGAAUCUGAAUAAUAUCCCUAUUCUGCAGGAUUCCCUCCUGCGCUAUAUUAAAUCAGAGAUAAGUGGGAUGACUGUUCCUUGGACAUAUGUUGGAAUGGUUUUCUCAACGUUCUGUUGGCACAAUGAGGACCAUUAUACCCACAGUAUCAAUUAUAUGCACUGGGGAGAGACAAAGACCUGGUAUGGCAUACCAGCCGAAGACGCCGAGAAGUUCGAAGCUGCAAUUAAGAAGGAAGCUCCGGAUCUUUUCGAGACCCAACCGGACCUUCUCUUCCAGUUAGUCACGCUUAUGAGUCCGGCGAGACUGAAAGAGUCCGGCGUCCACGUCUACGCCUGUGACCAGCGAGCCGGAGAGUUCGUGAUAACCUUCCCUAAGGCAUACCAUGCAGGAUUCAAUCAUGGUCUCAACUUCAAUGAGGCUGUUAAUUUUGCACUUCCGGACUGGCUACCUCUUGGACGAGAGUGUGUCAAACGGUAUCAAUCGCACAAAAAGCUUCCAGUCUUCUCACAGGAUGAGUUGCUCAUUACCGUAACUCAGCAAUCGCAUUCAAUUAGGACAGCGAUAUGGUUAAAUGAUAGUUUCAAAGAAAUGACGGAAACGGAGAUCAAGAACCGCAAAGCCGUCCGCGAGCUUGGUGUUCCAGAGACUCUUAUCGAGCAUGAUUGCCCAGAAGAUCAAUAUCAGUGCGCGUAUUGCAAGGCGUUCUGUUAUCUAUCGCAAGUUAUGUGUCCUUGUCCAAAGGCCAACGGUGCUAGAGUCGUUUGCUUGGAGGAUGUCAAAUAUCUUUGCGACUGCCCACCCUCCCAACAGCUCCUACGGCUACGAUUUUCUGACGAGGAGCUGCUUAACAUCCAGUCAACUGUCUCCAGUAGAGCGGCAAUCCCGGAAAAUUGGCACAAGAAGUUGAUGAAACUUCUCAACGACAGUCCGAAGCCUCAAUUGCGAGCGUUACGUGCUUUGGUGGCCGAGGCUGAUCGGAUCAACUAUCCGAUGAAAGAAGUUGCUUCGUUACGACGCUGCGUUACUCGUGCCAACGAAUGGGUCGAAGCGGCUAACUCCUUCAUUACUCGGAAACAGAGUCGCAAACGUUCAAAGCGUCAUCGCUGGCAACCAUCACUUGCCAACGGCGCCGGCGUAAGCGAUGAAGUAACUGAUCGGCCAGAGAAGACGCUGGAAGAACUGUAUUCUGUUUUGCGAGAUGUCGAAAACCUCGGGUUUGAUUGCCCCGAGAUUGGCCUUCUCCGAAACCUAGCGUCGCAAGCAGAGGAGUUCAAAACCAAGGCGAAAGCGCUCCUUGAGGUGAUCUCGACUGACAACGAUCCCACAGCACAUUUGCAGGAGUGUGAAACUCUCCUCGCCCACGGCACGUCACUGAAUGUUUACCUAGAAGAAUUCUACAAGAUAGAGAAUUAUGUCCUGCAGGAUCGGCUAGUAAAGGAACUCGAAGAUGUUGAUGAAUCUGCCAUUACGUUAGAUGAAAUCCGCGAAUUCUUGAAUCGUGCGAAGGCAUGCGAGCUUCCCUCUGGUAACAAGUAUAUGAUCCUCUUGGAAGAGAGACUGAAAGCUGGAACGGAUUGGGAUGAGCGUGCGGCGGGUGUCUUGAACCAGCCUAUCAAGACAAUCGAAGAGUUGGAACAAUUCUUUGAUGUCGAAUCAACCAUUCCGGUGGAUCCGAGCGUGCUGAAACGAAUUCAAACGACACGUAGCCGUGCACUGGAAUAUGAAAAACAGGCGAAGGAGUGGCUCUCGCCUCAGCCGGGUGCGGAAUUACCGACUGUCCAAGAGGCGCUCAGGCUCGUUCAAAAAGCGGAGAAAGAAUUUAACAUUCAGGCCAUCCAAGAUUUAAAGCGGACCGUCGACUUCGCGUACGAUUUGGAGGAGCGAUGCGAAGCCGUGCUAAAGAACCGCUACGAGCACGGUGAUGGAGGGUCCUGCUUUGACGCCAUGAAUCGAUGGAGGACAUAUGCUCGCGAACACCUAACGAAAUUUAGGUUACCGAGUUUCGAUAAGCUCAAUGUCGAGAUUGAGAAGCAUGAACAAUGGCAAAAGAAACUUCCUUGGUAUUGCGCUGAGCACGAUGCGCCCCAUGCCGACGAAAUCCUGCGUGAUGUCGUUGACUAUACGAAACCAGAAGAUGAUGAGCCUCCGCACGACGAGUUUUUCACUUGCAUCUGCUUUGAACCUGUUCGUCCUCCCCCUCCUGGCGUGGUCUCUGAUGCUGUGCAGUGUGAUCACUGCUACGCGCGUUUCCAUGGUCGAUGUGCUGUUAACGGUGGAUCUUGUCCUUUCUGUGAUCCCAACCAUUGGAAUGGGACCAUCCAUUCUGACCGUAGCUACCAUUUCUGCUACCUUCCAACCGUCUUGCACAAUGCGCCUGAGAUUUCCAAGAACUAUUCGGAGCACUGGCAAGAAUUAAAGACUAUUGUCGAACACAUCGAACGACUCUGCAAUGUUGUUGGCAACUUCCUCUCUAUUGCUUCGCAACCCGGAUAUCAACGUGCGGAGUACAUUCCGCAAGUGCGACAUUACCUUCGCAAACUGUACAAAAUCAAGUUUGCUGUAUCGCCGAACCCUGAGGUCUCGUUCGGACUAGAUUUGGCUGGUUUGCAUCGUAUUCUCGCGAACCGGCCAGCCCCUACGAGAAUGAAGAAGCGGAGGCGUCCGAAGUUUGUUUUUGGGCAAGAUGUGGACAGGGACUGGGUGGACGGAACCAGGUGUAUUUGCCGUGGCCAGACGCCAUAUCUCUCUGGAUUCGCAUUGCUACAAUGCGAGCAAUGUCUUCGGAAAUACCACAAUGCUUGCGUUUGUUACAAGGGCCCAAUGAAGGAAGGUGCACUGACGACAUUUUAUUGUCCUUUAUGCUGUCUUCGCAAGGGCAAGAUGUAUCGUUGGGCUGACAUCCGAGUCCGAAUGAUGGAUGAAGCUGAUUCCGCUGUAUUUAUCGAUGUGAAGGCCUGCGUAGAAACUUUUAGCCGUAAUUUGAUUAAAAUAAAGCUCGCCCCUCCCGUAACGCCUACAAUCUUCAUUGACCUCGUUCAAUUUUACCCUGGUCAACCUGACAAUGCGACCAAGUCCGAACCGUUUCCCCCACCCACGAACAACGGACUUCACACGACAAGAGUACCAAUUCAUGUUUUACCGCAUCGACUGAAGAGCUCGCAAUCGUCUUCGGGUUCGCCGUCAAACGUUCCACCUCCACCUCCGUGGAGCCGAUCAUCGUCUAUUGCGUCUGCUCCACCUCCGCCUCAUCCUCCCGCCUCCGCAGGAUCGAUGGAAAGCGUUCUGUCGUUCAAGAGGAAGCGGAAGAGCAGCAUGAGCGAUCAUGGGCGGGAGAGGGUCCUUGUUUUCGAAGUCGACCCUCAAGUACCGAAUCAAGCUACAUCAUCGACUCAUCAAGGCGUUCACCAGUCAAAUUCGUCUCAGUUGAAUAUCAUAGAGGUAGAUCCAUCACAAAUGGCGACCCAGCCCUCUGCUCAAGCACGCCAGAAGGCAUCUCCGACCAAUGGGCAUCCGCCGCCGCCACUCCUUCCUCCGAUACGUGUACCGGAUCAUCGUUCGCCUCCUCAGCGUCAUGUCCCAACCCCGCGUACAUCUCUCAAUGUGGCACUCUCACCAGAUCAACGGUCAAUGCCACACCCUGUUCCCCCAUCACCACAGCACCGUACACCGGCUCAAACAGGUCCUCGAUCCCCGUUAGAGGUCCAUCGCUCUCCUCAACAGGGGCCUGUGUCAGCUCAUCCAGUCCUCCACUCCCCACAACAUCGUCCGCCGUCUCAUGCCGUGACACACUCGCCCCGCCAUCGACCAUCAUACACGUCUGCUCGACCAUCGUCAAAUCAUUCUUCUCCUCAUCGAAUUCAUGGACCCGUCUCUACUUCGCCGCGUCAGUCACUUCAUAGAGUUCCGUCAAAUUCGAUAGUCGCAGGGCCUUCGAUGUUGCAAUCACCUCCUUUAGCAAGUCCACCACCACGGGACCGUCCGGCUCCGUUGAUCCUUGACCACGGUAGCAACCCCAGCAACAUGCCCGUGAGAAAGGUGAAGCUUGUUGUGCGAGAUAGUCCACCAACGUUCAACGGAAAGGACACCGUCGAUUCUCGAGACUAAUUAACACGAUACAUAUCAAUACGUACGAGUGCUUUAUCAUGCAAUGCUUUAUGGGGUGAAGUUUGUCUCUGCUGUCUCUAUCUCUGACCUAAAUGCGUGUUAUGGAAACUGGGAUGAUCUUGUUCGAUUGUCUUAGGAUUGUCUCUAUCUUUUCUUCCUAUGCUUUACACUAAAUUUUUAUUGUCUAUGGUUGCUUGCGCUUGUUCUCGAGUUUCUUCUUUCCGGCUAGGGUAUCGGGCGUACCUGUUGUAGCUAAUAUGUAUAUU